CAGCCGAGGGAGGCGCACGCACGUUCCUCUCUCUCUCUCUCCACCCUCGCCUCUUCCUCUCCAUCAUGAGCAUAGACCUCGACUCGAACCGCAACUCCAUCCUGCAGGCCUUCAACGACGUCGUGAGUGACAAGACGAGCACGGAUUGGGCUCUGUUUGGAUAUGAAGGACAGACAAAUGUGCUUAAGGUGGUGGGAACAGGAGAGGAUGGACUGGAAGAGUUAGCAGAGGACCUUAAUAGCAGCAAGAUAAUGUAUGCUGUGGUGCGCGUUACAGAUCCAAACACAACCAGGUUUAAGAUCGUGUUAAUAAAUUGGCAAGGAGAAGGUGCGCCAACUUUACGAAAAGGAACAUGUGCAAGACACUUAGCCGAUGUACACAAACUAUUGCGCGGAGUUCAUGUGACGGUAAAUGCGAGAACGGAGGAGGAGGUCGAGCCAGAGUUUGUGAUGGCAGCGGUAUUAAAAGCGUCAGCCACGACCUACAACUUCAGUGAUCGGUCGGAGAUGAACGACAAAACGACUCCAGUGCCGAAGCCUCAGGUCCUUAAAGGUGCUGCAGUAGCCUGUGGUGAUGGCCCCAAAUCUUUUCCCUCUAUAAAGCCUAAACCUAAACCGAAGCUUGAUAUGGGAACCAAUUACAAGCGCACAAAUCCGCUUGCGGAAAUAGACUCCAAGUCGCGCAACAAAUUCUGGGAAGAGCAGGAAGCGGAAGAAAGGAGGAGGAAAACCGAAGAACAGCAGAAAAAAGAGGAGGAGCUGAAGAAACUCGAGAGUGAGAGAAGACAGAGAGAGAUUACCGAUACUAAACAAAGAGAGCAGCUAACCAAGGAGAGAAAUGCACGCAUAAUGUCGGAGCGCAAAGCAGAAGAAGCCGCUGCCCUACGAUGUGCUCAGAAGGACGACCCAAAGUGGCAGCAAGAGCUAGAGAACCAACAGCGUGAGGAAAACGAGCGAGCAAAACGAGCAGAAAUGAUGCGAAUGGAACGGAAAAAGGAGGCAGAAUCUCUCAUUGGGCACAGGACACACUCAACACGCGCAAUCUUCGAGUCCUGCAGCAGUGCUAGCAACUCCCAGCCAUCAGCCCAAGACAGGAACCGUCCUCCCCCUCGCAAGUUAAAGGAAUUCAAGCCAGUGAACACCCCUGCAAGAGAAGAGAGUGAGGGAGGAACCUCGACGCCAGGCAGAGGGGUGGCCGCACGCUGGCCCCCUGCGGCUGAAUCACCACAACAGCAAGUAACGCCCAAGCAACAGAGAGUUAACACAAUCGGAUCAGUCAACGUAAACACGCCAGUCCAGUCCAUUGUUCCUGCAGCCUCCUCUCCCCCUGCUCCACCAAGUAAACAGCCUCCAGAGUCGUCCAAACCUCAAACGGAGGUAGGAGGCAGCACAGGGUAUGUGAGGAACUUGCUACGGGAAGGCCUCCCUACUCGACCCGACUCGGACGACGAGGACCAGAACGCGGAGAAAGACGACUGGGAGGAAGAUGCCCCCGAGAGUCAGCCACAACCGCCACCACAAGUCCCACAACCGUCCCCCCUUCGUAACACCACCACCACCACCAUUACUGCCAGUCCUGUCGCCUUCCCUACCAGCCACCACCAACACAACAACCAAAAUCCACCGACGAAUCAGUCUCCCCCCCCCCCCCUUCCCUCAUCCUCCCCGCCAGCCCCAACCUCCCACACCCCCCCAGUGCCCUCUCUCAAGCAACCCUCUCCCCAGUCCACAGUCAUCCCAGUCUCACAGCAACACCACAGCGUGCCUGAGCCGCAGCCUGAAAAUGAAUUCCAGGUUCCCCCACAUCACACU